UCUGGUCUGCCUUUUUCUUCCAAACCUCCACGCUCUUGUUUUGCUAAGCAGUAAGCUCCUAAGUUCCCUUACUCUGUAGUGUAACUGCCUUACCCAUUUGGUGAAUUCUCCAUCUCUAUAUAAUGACCAGAGAAGCUCUGUGUUUCUUCCAUCCUGAGCCCAGCUAAGACCCCUUCCUUACUUCCUUGCUCUAAGGAAAUGGCGGUGUGGCUCUCCCUCUUUCUUGCUCUCUCCUUGCUCUUCACCAGCCCUGCUUUUGCAGUUACCUACUUAGAGGGACUUCUCCCAAAUGGAAAUUUUGAAGAAAAGCCCAGUGCAUCCAACCUCAACAAAACAGUACUCAAGGGAAAGAACUCGCUGCCUAAGUGGGAAAUCAAUGGCCUGGUUGAGUACAUCUCCGGGGGGCCACAACCAGGUGGCAUGUACUUCGCCGUCGCACACGGCAUCCAUGCCGUGAGGCUUGGCAAUGAAGCCUCAGUCUCCCAAACAAUCCCAGUUAAACCAGGCUCUCUCUACUCCCUCACAUUCGGUGCUUCAAGGACCUGUGCCCAGGAUGAAGUUUUGAGGGUCUCAGUUCCUCCUCUGUCAGGGGACCUCCCUCUUCAAACACUCUACAGCAGCAAUGGAGGUGACACUUAUGCUUGGGGAUUCAGAGCCACCUCUAAGUUCGCCAAAGUCAUAUUCCACAACCCAGGGAUUCAGGAGGAUCCUGCUUGUGGGCCUCUCUUGGAUGCAGUUGCCAUUAAAGAGCUCUUUCCUCCAAUGGCUACUAAAGAUAACUUGGUUAAGAAUAGUGGUUUUGAAGAGGGUCCCCAUUUGCUACAGAACUCCACCAAUGGCGUCCUUCUCCCCCCUAAACAGGAGGACAGCACGUCUCCACUUCCUGGGUGGAUCAUCGAAUCCCUGAAAGCUGUGAAGUUCAUAGACUCAGCGCAUUUCAAUGUCCCAUACGGAUUUAAAGCAGUGGAGCUUGUUGCCGGGAGGGAAAGUGCCAUUGCCCAAAUCAUAAGAACAGUCCCCAACAGAUUAUACGGUGUCAGUUUCACAGUUGGGGAUGCAAGGAAUGGCUGCCAUGGAUCCAUGAUGGUUGAAGCUUUUGCUGCAAAAGAGACUCUGAAGGUCCCCUAUGAAUCCCAUGGAAAGGGUGGGUUCAAGACUGCUAGUUUCAAGUUCAAGGCAAUUGAGCCCAGGACAAGGAUCACAUUCUACAGUUCCUUCUACCACACAAGGGUUGAUGAUUAUGGAUCUCUUUGUGGUCCCAUACUGGAUCAGGUCAGGGUUGUUCCUGUAAGAUAUUAGAUUUUCUGGACUAAUGGUAUUAUGGCAAUGGUCGGUCUAUCCUGCUUUUGUAUAAUUGACCGUUAGAAUGUCUCUGUCCGACUUUACAUGCCGGGUGUCUCAACUAUU